AUGCAGCCGCCAAAGGAAAACCGGGCGACGACGUCAUGCACAGAGUGUCAGCGGCGUAAGCAAAAGUGCUCGCGGGAAUGGCCCUGUAACCAUUGCCAGGCGCGAAAGGUGCCCCAUCUGUGCCAAUUCGCCGUCAAACGACCCCUACACGAGGCGCCGCCCCCACCACACUCGGCAGCGUAUGGCAUUGAUUCUAUUCCCAUCUUUUGGGGGCCCGCAGCCAAGCCGAAUCGAGAGCUAACAGCGAACUACACAGGGAGACCGCAUCCAUCCUCACGCAGGGCGUCAAGAGAAGUCCUCCCGCAGAAGCGGCAGAGCCGCAGUUUGGCAUGGGGGUACAUGCCCGGCCAUGUCCACUACAAGGUCGGAUACAGUGAGGAUGCUUGUGGUCAGCUUAAAGACUCGCCGACAGAAGACACGGCUGUCGAUGCUGUCCAAAAAGUACUGCAGGCCAUGCCACCAAGGUCCAUCACGGACGCCUUUGUCAACCACUUCUUGAACGUGGUCAACUACCGCUACAGCGCCAUCUACGGGCCAACACUGGCAGAACGCUACGUUCAGUGGUGGACGGACCGGAGUCUGGGCAAAAAGCUUUCGCCCGAGUUUACCUGCCUGCUCUUGAGGAUAUGCGCAUACUCUGUGCAGUACCUCACGCCGGAGCUACGCAAGAUGAUCGAGUUUGAGCUGGCAUGCACCUCGCAGACGCUGACGGAACGCUUUUCAGAGGCAGCAGACGAGCUCAGCCGGAGUUUUGCAGCGUCAAAGACGUGCAUUGAGCGCGUGCAGGAACAGUUCAUGAAAGGUGCCUGGCUCAAGUCGGAAUCCAAGAUCGUCGAGUCAUGGCAUACCCUCUCACGCGUGAUCCGCGAGGCGCAGGAGCUGGGCAUUGAUAAAGACGAGCGCGGUGACCAGCUGUGUGAGUUUGAUGUUGAAAUCAGAAGGCGCAUCUGGACGUUGCUCUAUAUCUGGGACUGGCAAAUGUCAGCGUGGCUCGGCCGGCCAAACCUCAUUGACCAAAAGAACUUUACAUUCAAGUUCCCCAAUCUACGACUUGACCAGUCAGUCAAGGAGCCCAACCUCCUCUCGCCCUUUGCGCACAUGGCUCUCCAAGCCAAUCUGGGCCGAAGAGUCGCGACCGUCAUGGGCGACGUGACCUCGACAUCAGACCUCUCGGCGGAAAAAGUCCUACAAGUUGAGCGCGAGUGCGAAAAGUUCAUCGAGGAACUGCCUGCCAUUUUCCGCAUCAAGAACCCAGAUACGUCGCUCGACCAGGCACACCCGUACUUUGUAUUUCAGCGUCACCAGCUCCACUGCGUCAUCUUUGUGACGAUGCUCGACUUCUUCAAGAUCUAUCUCACGCGCGAGCGCAGUGACAAGCUGACAGACCGGGAUGACGAAUUCCGGAAGAAAGGCGUGGUAAUUGCGCUGCGGCUGCUCAAGGACGCACACAAGCUCUUCGAGCACGAGUUUCCCAUCAACGCCAAAUUCCACAUGGUCGUCUUCUGCAUCUUCGACACAUCGACAGUCCUCUGCUCCGCCAUGAUUCAUGACCGCGAGCACAUGUUGCCGCAUCGCGAGAAAAUCGUAAACAUAAUCGAUACCUCGCUAAAUAUGCUGCAUCAGCUGAGCUUGACCAGCAAGCUGGGCGCAACAUCGUACAUCUUUCUGUCCAAACUCGUGCAAGCUACGCCUACGCUAUCGCGCCACGCUCCGGUCAGCAAACGCCAAAGACACGACCAGUCUGAGCCGUAUUCUAAGCCCGCGAAUCUGCAGACCGCGCCAGUCGCCAUUGCACCUCUGCACGACACAGCAUCAGCUCCUUAUCUCGGACCCGCUGCUGAAGACCCAUCUUGCACCGCAGACGCUCUUGCUACCAUUCCCAUUUCAGACGACCUCGCCUUCGAAAUUGACCAGUUCCUUGCUCAGAACCCGUUUGGCACUGUCACCCACUCCAUCCCUGAUGCCGUGGAUAUGGGCGGCAUGGAGCAGAUUUGGGAUUGGCAGAAUCUCAAUCUUGAUGCCUUUCCGCAGCAGGGACUUCUUGGUACUGAUGUGGCAGCCCAAGCCUCGUCAGGGUUGUAG